CCCCUGCUGGCCGCGUCCCUUACUGCAGUCUUUGUUUGCACCGCCUUCUACUACACUUCCUGGUUUUUUCAGGUGGAUGUUACAGCGGCUGCCAAACGGUCUGUCAAACAAGUCUAAAGUUGGAGGACGGGGGAGGAGGAUGAAUUCAGUGAUGAGAAUACGGCAGCUGGAAGAAACCCGCAGUGUGUGUAGAGCCUGUAUUGCAGAAUGAUGACCGGACGUUGUGUUUUUGGCGGAUAUCAGGCAGCAGCGGCGGCAGCGGGGAGGCUGCUGUGAGGCGGAGGAGCGGGCUAACUGUCCCUCUAGCUGCUGCUAGCCAGUUAGCGAGCGAGUUAGCAUUAAGCGGUCUGCUACUGUUAGCAUCGAGUGUCUUCUUUGAAACGUUGGCCAGCUCCCUCCGAGUUUGACUGCAGGCCAGAAGAUCCAGAAGAGUCUGGGUCUCCUGAAGAGGACAUCAUGGACUACAAGGACAAAGUACAGAUGAGGCAUAACCCUCGCAGACAGCUGAAGAAGCUGAGCGAGGACAGUCUCACCAAGCAGCCAGAGGAAGUCUUUGAUGUCCUGGAGAAGCUGGGUGAAGGGUCUUACGGCUGCGUAUUUAAGGCCCAUUAUAAAGAAACGGGGGAGAUCGUAGCCAUCAAACAAGUUCCUGUGGAGUCUGAUCUUCAAGAGAUCAUCAAGGAAAUCUCCAUCAUGCAGCAGUGUAACAGUCCCCACGUGGUGCGCUACUACGGCAGCUACUUCAAAAACACAGACCUGUGGAUCGUCAUGGAAUAUUGUGGCGCUGGGUCCGUAUCUGAUAUCAUCCGAAUACGUAACAAGACGCUCAAAGAAGAGGAGAUAGCCACCAUCCUACAGUCCACCCUGAAGGGUCUGGAGUAUCUUCACUUCAUGAGGAAGAUCCACCGAGACAUCAAAGCAGGCAACAUCCUGCUGAACACUGAGGGUCAGGCCAAACUGGCCGACUUUGGAGUUGCUGGACAGCUCACAGACACGAUGGCGAAACGAAACACUGUCAUCGGCACGCCGUUCUGGAUGGCUCCAGAAGUCAUACAGGAGAUCGGCUAUAACUGUGUGGCAGAUAUCUGGUCUCUGGGGAUUACAGCUAUAGAAAUGGCUGAGGGCAAGCCACCCUAUGCGGACAUACACCCAAUGAGGGCCAUCUUCAUGAUUCCCACCAACCCUCCCCCAACCUUCCGGAACCCGGAUCUGUGGUCUCCGGGCUUCCGGGACUUUGUCAGCCAGUGUUUGGUGAAGAACCCAGAAAACAGAGCCACAGCCACACAGCUGUUACAGCAUCCGUUUAUUAAAUCGGCCAAGCCCAAUUCCAUCCUCAGAGCUUUGAUCACAGACGCCAUGGAGAUCAAACUGAAGAGACAGGAGGAAGAACAAAGAGAGCAAGAUGCAGAUGACGAUGAGAAUUCGGAUGAAGAUGAGGUUGACCAGGGGACGAUGGUUCGGGCAGGUACGGGUGACUCAGGAACCAUCCGGGCUGCCGGUUCUUUAGGAAGUUCUCUUGGAAGCACGGCAGGAACGAUGAUUGAACACGAUGACACGGGAACCUUGCAGUCACAGCUGGGCACCAUGGUCAUCAACUCUAAUGAUGACGAGGAUGACGAUGAGGAAGAUGCCGGCACUAUGAAAAGGCGAGAUGAGACGAUGCAGCCUGCCAAGCCUGCCAAGCCGUCCUUCCUGGAGUACUUCGAGCAGAAGGAGAAGGAGGCGAACAUUCAUAAUGACGGAGGAGGAAAAGGACAAAACAACGCAGAUAACCGCAAACUGCCCGGAGAAGGAGAUCUCGAAGUGGUAAGCACGUGGUCAGUGGAGGAGCUGCGGCUGAAGCUCGCCUCUCUGGACCCUCAGAUGGAGCAGGAGAUCGAGGAGAUCCGCCAGCGCUACCAGGCCAAGAGGCAGCCCAUCCUCGAUGCCAUCGAGGCCAAAAAACGAAGGCAGCCGAACUUCUGAGAAGUUCUGGAGGAUUUCUCUCACGUUUUCUGCAGCAGUCUGGAGGAACGCCACCGAGGCUGCUGGAGUUUCCACAUGAUGUGACGUUUGGGGAGCGAGGAUUAUCGCGCUGGACGUCUGCCUGCUGAGUUUUUGGACCUUUGUCUAAGAAGAACUGUAGAAAAGCUGUUCAGCUGAAUAUCAUUGACAUUUAUUUUGUCUGCUUGAGAUCCAUGAUCCUUCUGUUUGUGGCAUUUCUUUUCAUUCAUCAUCAGCAGCAGUUUUGGACUCGAGUUUCUUUCUGCUUAUUUCAAGCUUGCACACAGUUGUUUUUAGCAUACGGUGAACAUACUUAGAGGGACCAUCAGGUCCUGUCUGUAAUCAUGUGGUACAUCAUCAUUUGAACUGCUGACUGUUAAACUUUGGUACUCAUCUGUUACUUUCUUAAGUUUUUGCCAUCAUUGUUGGUAAGCAAUGAAGCUGCUGAACUUUCCAAGGUUUCCGCAUCAGGCAGCGAGGUGUUUUAUAGAACAGGAUAAAUCCUCAUUCUUGAAAAAUGCACAAAAGUUUGAAGGGGAAAGUGGAUAAAACUGGGUUCUGCCGGCACGUCUGCUUUCCCAAAGAUCUCUAAAAGAUUAAAAAAAAUCACUGAAUUUGAAUUCAUAGCUAAAAGCAGAGGAGAUAACGGUUCGGUUUUUCUCCUCUUCCACUCGAUUGGUCAUCUGAGAGAUGCUGCACAUAUUCUGUGUUUCCACACAGUUUGCUCUGAACUCCAAAGCUAAGGUUUCUUUCGAAGCUGCUUGAGAAAACUCUUUCAUUUGGUACAUGUCCCUGCGUUUCUGUUUUCUACAUUUCAUAACUUCACAGCCUUUGGUGUUACAUUGAAGUCCUACUCAUUAUAUCGGACUUUGUGUUUGUGCCUCGCGACCAAACUGUUACUAGAUCUUUUCUUUUGUCUUUGAUCUUCUGUCGGCUGAAGCACAUUUUUCUCACUUCCUGCAGCUGCAGCAUGAAGCCAGACUGCAGAAUUACUUCAGUAAUGGAGACAGAAAAAUGGCAUCAGUUAGUGCAGAGUGUGGUUCAUGAACCAGACUCUCUUUCUCAUGUGGACCACAUCUUUUCACUUUUUCCCAGUUUUAUAUUUAGAUGCAAAGUAAUGUUUCACUUUUAUAAGAUUAUGCGAUCGUCAUCUCAGCUCUUGGGCCAGUUAAUGAGGAUUGUUUACAGUUCACAGAUGAUGAUUCUGCUCUGUGAUUGGUUUGUUCGGUUGGGUUUUGGUUUUCUGUUGGCUUGUGGGUCAGAAGAUGAAUCUGACAGGUUGAGAUGAUCAAAACGAAAAGAAAAAAGAAAUCUGGCUACAUAAAAUUACAAGUCUGUAGUACUAUGUAAAUAUUUAGUAAAUGGUUUCUAACACACUGUAAAUUAGGAGAUAAAAGACAUUUUCAAGUGUUUACAGUUUGUGUCGGCAUUCAUAACUCCUGUGCAAUAUUACAGUAUGUCAUCAGUAUCCUGUCAUUACAGCACAGGAGGAGUUAUUGUUGUCGAUACGCAGAUUAAAUGAAGUGCCCUUUUUAUUUUUUAUACUUUUCCUUUGUGUGAGUGGGCCUCAGAGUAACACGGGGCACAGUGGCCGCCUGGCAGCUUGUUUGGCUCGUCCUCAGAUGACCCUCGCUCACAGUUCUCGUUAAACUGAAGCAAAACUGUUUCUGUUGUACAAAAGUCCAGCAGGGGGCAGUAGAGAGAUUUUCCUGAAUAAACUGGAGCGUGUGGAGCUCGGGGGCUAAAAUUAUUUACACCCGCUUCUACACAGAAAAUCCCUCAUUUUGCUUUUUUUUGGGGGGAUAAAAUAAAAUUACACUUGAGGCAUUUAAUUUUUCUCACAGUGAAGCAGAUUUUUAUUUAUUUGUUUGUUUGUUUGUUUUUCAAAUUAAAAUGUUAGCAUUGUGCUAAAGCGUGCUGAUUGGUCAGGACACGCCCCCUCGACUGUGAUGAUGAUGAUGAAAAAUCUCUCCUGCUGCUCGCGUCAUGACUGAAAUAAAGCUGCUGAGCCUCGUGGCUCACGGUGCUGUGACGUCUCCAACACUUACAAAAAGGUAUUUUACUUCAACUGAACCUGUUUAAAAAUAUUUAUAGAGAGAAAAUGGAAUUAUAUACACUCUCCUGCCCUUGUAUCAAAAGUGUUGACCCUGCAGAUUUUCCAUUUUUGGCUGCAGCUCCGUGGAGUCUCAUUCAUUUUGGAUCGUCUCAGCACGACUCCCUACAAAGCGAGGGAGGUGUCCAUAACUUGGACAUUCUCUGACAGUGCCUUAUUCUCGAUUAGCCAAGUGGCCAAUCACAGCAGAGACAGGUGACUAAUCACAGCAGGGCCAGAAGUUCUGUAUCAGUGAAGGACGUGAGGAAAAUCAUGCAUUCUUUAACAUUAAACAUGCAAACGUAGUCUGCUGCAAAAUAAAACAAUGAAAGUGUAAAUGAGCAUAUUGUGGGCGCUUGUAACCUUACAGUGUGUUAGAAACCAUUUAUUAAUGUUUCCUUAUAAAUGUUUGACAGUGGACGAUGGAAGAGAAGAUCUAAUCUUUCUUUUAUCAGUUUACUUGGUAACUGCUUCAUCUCUCCAAAAAGUCAUGUUUUUAAAGCACAGAUGAUGGUUUGUGAGUAAAACAUGAAGUGUGGGAUCCUAAAACUUCUGAAUUUUGAUGUUCUGAUUGUUGAUUGCACCAAAAUGUGAAAUAUGACCACAUUUGCCUUUUUGUUUAACCACCAGUGCCCUUCUUAUUGUUUAGAUUUUCAUUUCAGAUCCAGCAUUUUUCUUUAUCUCUCCUAAAAUAAGCUCUAAAAAACAGACCUGGUUUGACAGAUUUAUGGAGCAGAUUCAACAAAGCUUUUAUCCCCCCGGGUUUGAUCUGGCACAGCGGACUCGAUGAGGCCGCUCCUGAAAAAGUGCCAAGAAGACUUAACAUUCCUUUAGGAGGUCCAGCACAAGAGAAAAUAAGGGACGGUUUAUAUUUUUAUAUGUAGGUUUAGCAGUGACACAGUCAGUCAGCGAGGCGAUGGUUCAUCUCAGUGAUGUGUGUCCGGAUGAAAAUGAGCUUCUCAGGUCAUAAAAACUCCUCAGGGGUGUAAAAUAAUGGCAGAACCAAUUAGAAAACGCUGUAGAUGGUUCACAGGUCACGUCUGUAUAUAUGAGCAACACUCGGCUGCAUGUGUAUAUUUUGAUUCAUUCAAGCUGAAAAGUUCAGUGUCAGAAAACAGGACUUUAGAAAAAAUGUGAGAACUGCUGCUUUCAGCGGGAAACCCUUCAGCUGGAUUUCAUCACAAAAUGCUGUAUUUAACAGAUGGUUCAAAUCCACAAUGUGCACAUUUUCCUGUGGCCUGUGGUGCUCUUUAUCCACCAACCAUAUUUUAUUUA